AAAAAAGUAAUUUUUGCAACAUUUUUUUAAACAUUUAAUAAAUAAAUCCUAACUUAAACAUGUCUGCUGACAAGGAAAAGACCACAAAAGGUGAUUUAGGUUUAUUGGAAGAAGAUGAUGAAUUUGAGGAGUUUCCCGCAGAAGACUUCAAUGCCGUGCAGGAAGAUGAGGAUGAAGUAAACGUGUGGGAAGACAAUUGGGAUGAUGAUAAUGUGGAAGAUGAUUUUAACGUACAACUUAAGGCUCAUCUGGAAAAGCAAGCCAUGGAAACGUAAAAAAACAAGAAUGUAAAUAAACAUUUUUCUUUAAUAAUUUAAGCAUUUUUUUGUAAAUUUAAUUGAAAAAAAACAUAAAUAAAAAAGGAAUAUAAGUAAA